CCGCUUUACUGAUGACAGCGACGUUCAGCUACAAGGGCUCGUCACGUCAGUGAAAACGUAUGAAACCGGGCAAGCAGGCUGGUAGCCAACUGACUGUCACUGAAACCCAAGUACACAGUUAGGAAGAAGUAUAUAGAAGUUUGUCAUAAUGAAGUGCGACCAAUUGUUUCUGUUGUCUACACUUUGGAGUUGUGUAAUAUUUGACGUUACAUAUGGAAAGGAGGACUACUAUGAGAUUCUUGGAGUCAAGCGAGAUGCGUCACAAAAGGCAAUAAAGAAGGCCUUCAGAAAACUUGCUUUGAAGUAUCACCCUGAUAAGAACAAGGAUGACCCAGAAGCAGAGGCAAAAUUCAUUACAAUUGCCCAAGCCUAUGAAACAUUGUCUGAUGAAGAGAAGAGGAAGAAGUAUGACAUGUUUGGAGAGACUGGAGAAGAAACAAAUGGAGGACCAGGAAGGGGAGGAGGAUUUAACUUCAACUUUGAUGAGUUUUUCAAAAAUUUUGAUGAGGCUUUCAAAGCUCACCAAGGUGCACAUCAUCGUCACCACCAUCAUCAUCAACAACAACAUCAGAAGGCACAUGGAGGAUUUGGAGGCAGUUUUUUCAACUUUGAUGAUUUCUUUGAUGAUGAUGAAGACAUGUUUGGAUUCAAUACAUUCGGAGACAUGGACUCAGGUUUCGGAUUUCAUCAUAAUCAUUAUACUAAAGAAUCCAAUGACCACUUUGCUCGGCAUCAAGCUUUCCACAAUGCGCAUACUGCACAUGCACAUGCUCAUGCUCAGCAUGCACAGCAGCUCAGCAGGCACAGCAGUUUGCUCAGCAGCAGUUUCAGCAUGGGAACCAUCAAGAUUUUCAUCACAUGAACCAAAAUACUGGAAGUGGUCAAUCGUGUCGAACCGUCACCCAACGUAUAGGAAACAUGGUAACAACACACACAGUCUGCUCUUAAUCCAUGCUGCUGGCCGGUGAUUAAUUUAUGCAAAUUUAUGCAAGGAAGUUCUUCAUGAAUUUAACUCAAGGGACAGUGUGUGUGUUGACAGUUCCUAAACUCAAAUCUGCCCAAUGUCUUUCACUUCAAAGUGGAACUGUUCGUACGCAAUGUCCGAUCUCUGUCGUUGCGCAAUGACUGAAAUACUUCAGCAGAUGUGAAGAGCUAGACUAAAUGCUUCUUUCUUGCCUUCAAUGAGCUUGGUCUCAUCUGGAGGGCAACAGCUGAUAAUGUUCUGAUUUUGAGUUCAAAAUAUGGAUUUAUUGAUCUCAAAAUGGUGAGUUUUCUGUGCAGCUAACAGGACAUAAUGCUUCAUGGUUUAUUGUCCAUGUCUGUGGAAAUCUUGGUGUUGAAGUUUGUUCUGUGAUUAAACUUGAGAUAUUG